AUGAAGCUCAACGCCUACGUACCUCUUGUGGCGUUUGCGGCUGUUACUGCUGCUGAACGGUUUCCUGUGAACUUGCCAAAGCAUGUGCGGCCUCGCCAAUAUUCUGCUCCACCGUCAUACUCACCCGUGGGUCCGAGUUCGAGCAGCGGCGGCGGCGGCGCAUCAUCCAGCUUUCCUAGCGGAUCUUCGACCUCGCUGUCUACCGGCGUCUCUUCCACUGUCGACUUACCAUCUGUCCAAACGUCUUCAUUCCCGCCCAAUGCCACGACGCCUGGUCCUUCGACAGUCGUCAUCACAAGCGUCGUUGUCAUUACAUCCGUCAUUCCGCCUCUGCCUACCUCAACUUCUACGGACGCUACUGGAAGCAGCUGGGGAGUAAGCAAAUCUUCCUCUAUCAGCGUCCCGCUUUCCACAGGCCCCCAAUCAUCCGGCACUGGCUAUCACUCUUGGCCCCACCACUCUUCACAUGGAUCGUCAGCACCUUACGGAAACAGCACUUUGACUUCUUCGUCUCCAUGGAGCACUGGCAUAGUGUCAACUUCGUCAAUCCCGCCCCUGACUUCUGCUGCUAGUAGCAGUCCCUCGGCAUUUACCAGUUCCCCUCCAUAUCCUUCCAACGGCACGCUCACAGAGACCAGCACGGGAUCUGUAGCUACUCGCAGCGGAAACGCGACCACAUCCGCGGUGCCCACUUCGUCCGCGCAUUACAAGCCCCCUGGAAACCUAACCAGCAGUCUCUCCAUUGUGACCGACUCCGUCUUCCCGUCGUCAACCCCCGACAUUUCAACAAUCAGCUGGAUCUCAUUCACAUCUGGGAGUCCAUCGGCUACACCCUCAAGUCCAUCAUCUGCUACUUCAAAAUACACAAAAUCUACCUCAUCGCGCCGACGCACCACGACUACCAGACGCCGUUCUACAACACGCACUUGGAGCAGAACACUGACCAUGUCGUUUUCCUCGGCUGGUUCCGCUUCGUUUACGCCUACUCCUUCGGGCCAUCUACCAUGGACUAGUAGUACGGCGUCGGAGGAAGAAUCGUCCACCGCAGCUUCAUCAUCUGGUAGUACCGCUACACCGUCUCCAUCUGAGAACUGGCCGUCUUCUUCUGCUACCCCAUCUGAAUCAGAUACUUGGCCUUCGUCGUCCGCUACACCAUCCGAAUCCGAUAGCUGGCCCUCAUCGCCCUCCUCCUCCCCCUCACAAUCCACCCCUACCUCUUCUUCCCUCAGCACAUCCGACCAACUCUCAUCAACCAGUACUCCCGCAUGGCCACCAGCUUCCUCCUCCCCGUCUUCAUCGCCAUCCAACAGUGCCACAACACCCUCCCCAAGCACUUCCUCCCCACCAUCCCCCUCCACCAGCACCGACGCAACCGCAUCCUCCUGGCCCGUUACAUUCCCCUCCUCCCACCCCACCCCUUCUUCUUCUUCUUCCCCCUACAAUUCCUACUCCACCCCACCCUCCACCUACACCGACGCAACCGCAUCCUCCUGGCCCGUUCCUUCCUCUUCUGCCUCUACCUCGCUGUAUACUACUUAUACCUAUACCCCUUCCUCUUUUUCUUCCCCCCCGUCUUCCUCUCCCUCAUCACUCUCUUCCCCAUCCGCUUCUUCUUCUUCUUCUUCUUCUUCAGCGUCAUCACCCUCAGCAUCCCCCAGCUCCCUCACCCGCCCAACCACCACCUUCGAAACAAGCACAACCACGACUAAAUCUCAAGCCUACGCCCCCGUGCCCCCCGUCCAGACCUAUCAAGUUCGACAUCACCACCAGCGUGCUGCCGAGAAGACCAAUGUCGUGAGAUUGUGGUUUGUCUGA